AUGUUAUCCGCGGCCAACGAAGAUUUCAGGGUGAAGUUUCCACUACAUUCCUUAGUCUGGGAAAAUGAUUACAGGAAAUUGGAAAACGACUCAACAAAGGUAGUUAUGUCAAAAUAUGGACAAUGAGCUAGCUAUAGCUACUUGCCUGUUUGGCCGCCUUUAGCUAGCUAACUACAGAUCUAGAUCUAUCUGCUUCAAAAUGUCUGAAGCUGGCUAGCUACUUGGCCUGACAUGGAGAACCAUACAAUUUGAUUGGCGUAAUUCCUAGGCUAUGUAUGCCAUUUUAUCCGUUCACGGAAUGCCAUGUUGCAUCAUUAAUCAUGAUGAUAUUAACUACAGUACACAUUUCAUUCAGCAUAGCUAGCCUUCUUGUUAACGUUACUACUGGUUUCACUUUGCAUAGGCUAUUUCCUGCUGUUCGACACCUGGUAUAGCCUGGCCACUGAUUCUUGAAGAAUAGAAACGCCUUAAGAGUUUAGAAACUGUAUUUUCCUAUUAUAAUAACCUAGCUGAGAAUUGAGAUGUGAUGUACAUGUCGUGGAGUGGAUCAUUCUCAGCUAAUCAUAACCCAAAGAUAUGGUUGCUUUACUCCAUUCUAAAUGUUUUUGUUGUCAGUUGAGUAUUUGUCAUUAACAGGAAAUGGGGGAUUUAUUGCGGUGAACCGGUCUAUGGCCCGUGACAUGCAAAAGCGGUGAGGGAGGAGCGCCCUUCUCAAACGAACAGUAAUCUGAGCUGCUCAGUCAAUGCAGCAUGUAGCCUCUUUUAGAAUAGGAGAGCGAAAUACACUCUCGUCUCUACCAUGUAGGCUCAGCAUUCCCGAACAAUCCCAUUACAAGUCAGAAUGUUGAACAAACUCCAUUUCAACUUACUUUACAUGUUGUCUGCCGAUUUUGCCACUAUGUCUGAGGUAAUCUGAUACAAAAUAUCCACAGAGAAGCGUUAUCAAUCCGACCUUAAGUAUACUGGUUUGUAUUUCCAGUUUAUUUUCAAUAUUGACACAAUUCGCACCCGACAAACACUUGCACAAUAUGGCCGAGCCUAACCGAACCACAGAGCGCACGUUGUCCUUCACAAUCAACUGGCAAAUUUCACUAACACUUCCAGAUUGCGAGGAAAUGUGCUUUGGAUGAUACUUUCGGUUACAUUCGGCUAUUGUUUACAUAUUGUGCAAUGCAUCAGGAGAUUGAAAAUACAAGCGGCAGAACCUACCGGCACCGCAAAAAGUUGGGUAAACAACACUUUCCUGUGGAUAUUUUACCUCCACAUCCUACCAUCAAAUGGACCAACAGCAUGUACAACUGGUGAAGUAAGUGUAAAUGUCAUUUUAUUCAACAUUCUGACUUGUAGACUAUUGUCUUUUUUAUGCAGAUUUCUUUCAGACUGAAUAUCCAUGGGGAAAUCUAAUGCAAUCACUUUUCACUCGGUGCAAACUCCUCCCACCGGGGUAACCCGGGCCAGAUGAUCGAAUCCCCUCAGUGUAGCUAUAGCUUCCAGUGUGUAUGAUGACGAUCUCGAGAGAUUCUCUUUAGGUAGCUAGGCUAUUUGUUUUUGAAGCCAUUGCAAUGCUUGUUUGUUUGUUUGUUCUUCUCAGAACGACGUCGAGGCUGUGGAUCCCAGGGGAAGGACACCGCUCCACCUGGCUGUGUCACUGGGCCACCUGGAGUCGGUGAGAGUGCUUCUGAGACAUGGCGCUGAAGUUACCAAAGAGAAUGCCAAGAAUUGGACAGGUUAGGCAGGCUAUCCUCCAUGACAAUUCAGACCUCUGUGUUUUGCCUUCAUUAGCCCUAUAAAUAGAAUGCCACAUUCAUGAUAUUUUAUAAUAAACAUUUACAUUUGGAUAUUGUCUUUUUUAUUUAUGUAAUGAAUAAAAUAAAACAUAUAUCCAAAUGUAAAUGUUUAUUAAUACCAUGACUUUGGCAUACUAUUUAUAGGGCUAUGGCUUCAUCUGACACCUUGGUAUAGGUCUAUUUGUUGGUUGUUAAAUUGUGUGAUCAAAGUCACUUCCACACAUGGACAGUGGGGGUGUCUGUAUCAAUUUCACACAACAUGUACGCUUGAAUCAGUAGGUGUCUAUUCCAGUCGAAGUGGGACACAUGAUUUAUUUCCACUGCUUCACACAAUAGCUCUUGUUACUACACACACAGCUUAGUAGUUGAUGCUGGCCAUAACAAUAAUUUAUUUUGUAUACAUUUAUUGUCACAGAAGUAUGUUAUAUGUUUAAAAUAUCUUCUUGUUUUAAACAUGAUCGUGUGUAGUGCUGCAGGAGGCGGUCAGCACCGGCGACCCAGAGAUGGUGCAGCUAGUGCUCCAGCGGAGAGACUACCUCAAAGCCUCUACAGCUCUGGGAGGAGUGCCUGAGCUUCUGAGCAAGAUCCGUGAGGUGUUCUCUCGCCCUCUCUCUUACUCUCUCUGUUUGCUCCCCUCUCUGAAAUGUUUUUCACUCAUCACAAAAAAAACAAAGAACCGCAAACUCAUGCCUCUUUUCAAUCCCCCCCAGUCCGCGGAUUUCUACAUGGAAAUGAAAUGGGAGUUCACAAGUUGGAGUAAGUUCUACUUGAAAAUCCCCCUUUAGAAUUGGCCGUGUGUAGAUGUUUGAGACGUUGUUGUUUACAUUGCUUUCCCAUCCUUUCCCAGUCCCUCUCGUGUCCCGGGUUUGUCCCGGCGACGUGUGUCGGAUUUGGAAGAGUGGGGCCAGCCUGCGCGUGGAUGCCACUCUGCUAGGCUUCGAGAACAUGACCUGGAUCAGAGGUCGUCGGAGUUUCAUUUUCAGAGGAGAUGGUGAGUCCCUUUUUCCCCUGAGUGAGGCUUGCACGCAACUGUGUCCUCCUGACCUCUGUUUCAGCAGGCCGUCUCAUCUUUUACCUCGUCUUUUGCUCUGUUGGCAUGUUUCAUAGUGUGUGGUUGUGCCCAUUGGCAGAUACCUGCACCGAGUUCAUGGAGGUGAACCAUGACGAAGAGGUGGUGGUCACGGAGCGCUUUGACAUCUCCAGGGAGAUAGAAGACGUAACGCUGGACUCCAUGCAACCUGCAGAACAGGAAGUGGCCAAGCGGCUGACCACGCCCAUUGUUAAUACCUUUCUGGACACCAGGGACAUUGCUUUUGAGAGGCAAGACCCAAACCAUACUUUAUCUUGUUUCUCUAUUGUGUAAUAUAAUAAGUAUGUUGAAGGAUGUGUAAACUUGUACAUGGAUUUAUAGUAACACGACAUUAAAUUGUUUUUCACAGAAAUAAAUCUGGGAUUUUGGGUUGGAGGAGUGACAAAACGGAAGUUGUCAAUGGUUUCGAGGCUAAGGUUUGUGCAUUUCUUAAAGCAUUCUUGUGUUGUUGAUAUAUAAUUAUUUUGUUGCUUGUCUUGGUUUGCUGACCUUACACAAGUCCCUUUCUUUAAUUUGACAAGAUCUACAGUAGAUUGCCAGCUUUUUUUAAAUGGUCAGUUGUUAUUUUAUUUUAGUAGCAGUAACUGGAAGGAUAGUAUGCGGUAUACUGCAUGAGCUGUUUUUAUUUUCAUUGCAGGUUUUCACUGUGAACAAUGUAAACGUGGUGAUCCGGACAAGGACAGAGCAUCUCACCGAUGAGGAGAAGGCUAGAAUAAAAAGUAUACACUCUAUGAUUCCUCUAGUUGGUGGUAGAGAGACAUAACAACAGUUGGUCUGUAUCUGAAAUGGCACCCUUUUCCCUACAUAACCCAGAGAGAGUACGCAGAACCAAAAUGACCUGUCUCUGUUUAGAAGGGGACUUGUUGGAGACUAGCGCUCUGUCAGACACAAUAACGCUUUGUGUGGAUUGUCUCUUUUUUUUUGGCUUCUAGGUGAGAGGAAUGUUCUGGAGUAUCUUCUGGGCACUGUGGAGCAGCAGAUAAGUGCUCAAGGGGUAAGAAAUCAGCAGACCUGAAUUUGAGGUUAUGGUGGAUUAUCUCAUUUUUGUAUGACCUAUAUAGACAGAAUCUUACUUGCCUGUUUGAUUUGUAAUGGCUUCAAUAAGAAUGCUUCGUCUUGGUUCAUAUGGGCUUCAAUAAGAACGCUCAACUUGGUGUAUAAUGGCUUCAAUAAGAAUGCUCUACUCUGGUCAUAUUGUGGAUAGGACCUCACUCUGGAGUAUGCAACAGCCACCAACCCCACCGCCAUCACACCACAGGAGUACUUUGACCCUGCGUUUGACCUUGAAGACCGAGACAUUGGCCGGCCCAUUGAACUUACCGUCCGAACCCAGAAGUAAGACAAUUAUGCUGCAAAACCCAAGAGAGAGGCUUUCUGAUCAAUAUUCAUGUCAUCAGAAGUCUUGAUUGUUUUUAUAACGGGUUCCCUCUCAGUUCAUAUGAAGGUGUUGGUGUUUAGGUUUUAGCAUAAGGGUGGUUGUAUUGAGAUGGGACUACUUUGCAGUGCGCAUAAUCUACAAAUCGCCAUAUCUACAAAUCACCCUGCAUCCCAAAUAACUACUCAUGAUGGGAUCAAGAUUAGCAAUUCUGCGCUUCCUCAAACUGAUCCCUCAAACACGACGACAGUGUUUUCUGGUUCGUAUUCAUUAGGCACCAAACAGAAGAAAAUGGACUGAAACAGGAGGGACUAGCUUAACUUGUCCAAUUAUAAAUUGUUUUUGUUUUCCAUUGGAAAAUGUUUUGCUACGGUGUACAAUAAUGAAUACGACCCUGAUGUGUCCAGGUUCAAGGGUACAUUGUGGAUGAGCGAGGAACACCCCCUCUCCCUGGUGGAGCAGGUCACCCCCAUCAUCGAUCUCAUGGCCCGGACCAGCACCCACUUCGCCCGGCUGCGGGAUUUUGUCACCCUCAAGUUCCCUCCAGGGUUCCCUGUAAAAAUAGGUACAAUCACACCUCUGUGGAACAGAGUGAUGAAAUGAGAAGGUUUACACAAAAUGCUUGUGCCACUCGGCUCAUUCAAGCACAACUGUAUCAAGCGUCUCAGAGGAGGUGCUGAUCAAGGAUCAGGCUCCCCUGUCCAUAUAAUCUUAUUCCUUUUGACCCUAAAUCAGCACUCCUACUCUGAGACGCUUCAUACAUACGGGCCUGAUUUGAGAAAAACGGCACCUACACAUACAAGGUACCACAAUGAAAAGCCCACCAUAGAGGCAUUUGCUUAUAAAUAAUGGGAUCCAUGGAGUGACCUGUCUUUGUUUCCUCUCACUCAGAGAUUCCCCUAUUCCAUGUGCUCAACGCCCGCAUUUCAUUUGGCAGUGUCAACAAAUGCAGUACGGGCGACCCCUCCACUGCCACACCCGAGGAGGGCAGCUGUGGGGAAGCUGCAGGUAGGCAAGGCACGCCCAUGCCGCUGACCAGGGUGACCCCGGAAUUUGUCCCCAUGGGGUCUGAACAAAACAAAUCACACAUUUAGUCAUUUCUCAAAUGUAUUUCUUCAGUUGCAUCUAACAGCUGAACAACCAAUAUUAAUGUUUGUAUCCAUAUCGCUUUUAGUCGAAAUGUCAAUAUUGACAGCCACCACUAGUAACAUCAUUCUGUAUGACUGUUCCCUCCACCCAGUUCCCCCUCUAUUCCAGGUGUGCCCCUCAGUGUUCGAGGUGCCCUCACACUACCGCCACCGAGGAGGGGGUGGCAGCCGCCACACGGCGGUGUCAAAUCACGACGAGGAGCUACUGCAGUAUGCCAUCCACCAGAGUCUGCUGGAGUCCGGUGGUGGAGCCCUGGGACAGGUCCUAGAUGCCACACACACACACACCCCCCUCCUACUCAUCUGUUUCACUCCCUAUCUGGUCCUCUUGCGCUCACGGCCGCCGCCUUGGUGUUCAUCUGUUCGACCAGUGGUCGGUCUGUUCAGGAAGCUGCAAUGUUGCAAAACUUCCAGAUAGUGGAUUGUAUGGAAACUAUAUUAUUGUCUGACAUAAGGAAUAGGGAAUCCUGUCCGUUAAGUUUAUGCCAGUUCUAUCUGGACGUGCCAAGAGUUUCACCUCACUAACUCCACCCUUUUUUUUUGUCCUCUAGGAAGUGACAUGGGAGGAUGCCAAUGGUGACCUCACGGACCCCAUAUUCAGUAGCCAGAGUGACGGGUACGCCAAGUAUUCAUGCAUAUCAUUAUCUACACUUUUCACUUUUGUCCAAAUUGACUUCCAAUUAGCACAUGCAGUGUAUUCAGAAUAUAUCCAUAUCCCUCCUCUGUUCUUCCAGAAGCAUCCCAGAGGGGGUGCUGGUGGACUUGGGAGACACCACGUCGAGUCAGGCGAGCUCGGGCACCUCGGCCUCAAGCCCCGAUGCGGACCUCCGCAUGGCCAUGGAGCUGUCGGCCCGGGCCCAGGCCGAGGAUGAGAGGAGGAGGAGGAAGAAGGAAGAGGAGGAGCUGGAGAGGAUAUUGCAGCUCUCGCUCACAGAGAAGUAAAAAGAGGAAAAUAUGAGGGAAAAAAAAUAUUAAGGCCAUGCCUUGCCAUAACUGCAUUAACUUUUCGUUGAUCAAGAAGCGGCCACCACCACACCCCCAAUCCAGCCCCACCCCACCCCCCUCCUCCUUCACUACAAUCUGCCAUGACACCGGCAAAACAUCCAUGUAACAUAUGUCAUAAACAAAACCUAUUUUUGGUUUUAAAAAACUAACAUGUAUAUUGCUAUAUUUGUAUUUCUAUAUAACACUGAGGCUCUGUCUUAAAAGUGUAGAAGCUGUCAAGAUUCCUCCCGUCCUUUUAAAACAGAGCCAUAGCCACUCCACUCUCCCAAAGAGGUAUCCAGGUAUUCUUUGAGAUUAUUUUGGGAAGGAUUUUCAUUGCACUGGAGUGUAAGGGUUGCAACCUGUGAUUGUUUU